GCCAAAUGAAUAACCAAAAAAAAAAAGACUACGAAAAAACUGUCAAACCAAAGACGCCAACGGAACGAUUAGUUGAGGAAUAGAUUUUUCCCACAAAAUGGAGCGUCAAAGAGAGAAAAGUACUUCUCCAGUCCGCACAGUGAGUUUAAAUGACACACCUGCAAAACGUUCAUCACCUCAACGAUAUCCAGGAAGACAUAACAUUUUCACAAAACAUCACAAUGUUGAAGACGGUCAACCCUUGGAUCGUCAUCAUCACAUGGACGACAUGACGGUAGCUUUUAAAAAGAAGUUAAGCACUAAAGAAAUAACCGGACCAGAAGAGAGAAAGAAAAAACGGAAAAUAAAAAAAACAGCAGAGAAAGAGGAAUCUUCGGAAGAAGAAUCUUGGGAAGAGGAAUCUUCGGAAGAUGAAGAGGAAGAGGAAGAGGAAGAGGAAGAAGCCGAGCCAGGUGUAAUCGAGGAAUUCUUGACAGGUAUUUGGGAAAGACAAGAAAUGUGUGAUUUGAUCAUUAAAAUUGGCAGACAUCAAGUUUUGGCUCACAAACUUCCUUUAGCUGCUUACAGCACCCAGUUUGCAAAGCAAUGUCUUGAUGAAGUUCCGAUUGGUUCUUGUGAAAUUUACCUAAGCGACACAAAUACUGAUGCAGUACAGGAAGUUAUGAAAUACAUUUACACCAAUGAUAUUGACCUGAACUCAGAAAACAUAGAUGCUGUGAUUUCAGCCAGUCUUCAAUUGGGUGUUACUGAUGUUAUCGACUCUACCAAAGAAUAUUUACUAGAAUACACAAAGUUCAAUGCUCUCGAUCACAUGUGGAUCGCAGAGAAAUACGAAUUUUUAGAUGUUCAUUCCAGUACAUUUAACUAUAUCUGCAAAUACAUAGUAAAGAUCAGCGACACAGAGUCAUUUUUAUCAUGUCCAGUGGAUAAAGUUGUUCAUUUGCUUAAAAGUGACAAUUUAAACGUUAAAAAGGAAUUGAGUGUUUACAAUAUUGCAACAAAAUGGCUAGAUUAUAACCAAAAGGGUCGAAAGAAGCAUUCUAAAGAAGUGUUGAAUACGAUUCGAUUUCCUUUGAUUGUCCCAGAUGAUGUUGUGAAACACGUCGAACCAAAUAUGAAGAAUUAUUCAGAUGAAUGCAAUAAGAUGUUAGUCGACGUUUUUAGGUAUCAUGCCUUAAGAUACAGUGGAGGUGGAACAGACGAAUUCCUUCCGAAACAAAGACAUUAUUAUCCAAUCAAAUAUGUUGUGAAAGAAACUGCUGGAUUUAGUGAAGAGGAAUCUGAAGACGAAGAUGAAGAUGAAUCGGGUGAAGAAGAAGAAUCAAGUGAAGAAGAAGAAUCAAGUGAAGAAGAAGAAUCAAGCGAGGGGGAAUCAGGAGAAGAGGAAGAAGAAUCUGGUGAAGAAGAAGAAGAAUCGGGUGAAGAAGAAGAAGAAUCGGGUGAAGAAGAAGAAGAAUCGGCGGAAGAAUCGGCGGAAGAAUCGGGAGAGGAAGAGGAAGAAUCGGUGGAAGAUCAAGAAGAAUUAGUUGAAGAUGAAGAAAAACUUGUGGAUGAAACAGAAGACAAAUUGAAAGAAACCCCCUAGAUUAUCUAAUUAAUAAAACUGAAAAAUGACUUGAAAAUUGAAUAAAUAUUUGUUGGUUUU